AUGCGGUUUAAACACUUCUUGGCCGUCUCCGGCCUGGCAGUCCUUGCGGCCGGUUACUCCACGCCAGGGGCACUCGAGCGCGUCUACUUUUACUAUGCGUACCGUCUGGACGAGAUGACUGGCAGAGCAAAGAUUGCACCAGGCUGCGGGAAGCCAGGCAGCCCGUGCAGCUUCGACGAGUUUGUCAAAUGGAUCCAAAACGACAAGGUAGCCACUCACAUUACGGAUGAGCCGUUUCCACCCAUCGACGAAACUGCCAAGAUUCUGUCCGAAAAAGGCCUGACUGGUGUCAUUAACAUUGGCCGCGUCAUGAAUGGUAUCCAAAAUGACUAUACGGUACUGCUGAACAAGGUGGGGGAUGUUGUCACUGGGAAAAUGGAGGCCAACCUCAAUAUCGAGAACCCGACAGAGGCGCAGCUCAAAGAACUCAAAGAUGUGAGGCUCAAGAUCAUGGAUGCAGUAAAAAUGGUAGGCAAUGCACGUGUGGCGGCGACUGUGACUUCGUUCAAGCCGUUUGCCAAUUUCAAAGUGGUCCUCAACGCCAAGGGCGACGCCGUCGACUUUGAAAAGACAGUCGAAGCGAACCCCGGAAGCAUCUCGAGAGACCGUCUUGAGGAGCUCUGGACCCAGCACUCCCAGGGCAAGACGGCCACUCCCGAGCUCUUGAGAGACUUCAAGCCGCAAAUGAGCUUCAAAGUUAUACCCCUUCCCGGUGGCGGAAGGGUUGAUAUGGGGUCGACACUCAAAGCCAACCCCGGCAUGACCAGAGACGGGCUCACGGCACAGUGGAACCUCAACAUCGAAGGCAACCACGGGGGAAACAUUGAUGCGCUUAAAAGGACUUUUCUCAACAUUCGCCAAAUUCUGUGUCCGAGCGACCGCAGACGGUGGAUCAAGAGAGGCGCGUUGGCCUGCUCCUUGAAUGACCUGCUGUCCGUCGAUGAGGCUGUCUCCCAGGGCACAAAACUGUCUCCCGAAGGCCCCGAGCUGCCGCCGACGUCACAGGAAAUAACCGUUGCCCACGAGGCCGAGCGCAUCUCCAACAUGGAGUUUGAGGAGCUCAUGCCGAGAUUUCGACUGGCUACCCUACGAAAGCAGCCGAGUCUGUCGCUCCAGGAUUUAAGAACAAAGUACCUUGGUUACAAGCCGCUUGACCCCAAGUCGCCGAGACUGCGUCCCGGCUCCGGCGGCUCGCUGGCCAUGAAAACCUUUGGGGUUGCCGGUGGUGCCGCCUGGGUAGGCGGCGUAGUCGAAGCCUUUGCACACGACGUCGGGGCGCUGAACCGGGCGGCCGUCUUGGCCUCCAUUGUUCCCCUUGUGGGAUGCACCACCAGCGCAAUUGCCGGAGCCCAGAGCGGCGAAGAUCCCGUCAUCAACGGAGUAGACACGGCCCUGUGCUUCCUCGGCGAUGCGUUGAUUCUUGGCGGUUUUGUUCCUGCUGGCGUCGUGGCUCAACUCGUCCGCACAAUCAUCGAUCUCUUCACUCCCCUUCCCGAGCUGCCCACCAAAGAAGCCAUGCAAAGCGCCCGCGACGGGCCCUGGAAGACGUUCCUAAGUGAUCGCGUGUACAAGCUCAUCUACUCGCAUCAGGAGUUCUACCCAGAGGAUGGUUUCGGAGCCAAGCUAGAGAGUGCGCUCGCCAUCGAGGCCGGGGCCGUCGUUUCCGAGAGUGCCCAGACGAUAGGCGCGCUCAAGGCUAGCAUUCAGUCCCCCGGCGUAGAUGUUGACCAAGGUCAACUUCAAACCGGCACCGAGGAGGCCGUCGUCAAGGUUCGAGAGGCAACGCCCGUCGAAAUCCGAAAAAGGCAGCGUCACUUCCUGCUAGGACUCCCGGCCACCCUGAGGGACGGCAACGCCGCCUCGUUUGGGGACUUGGGCCGCGAUUAUACCAGAGACUUUGUCAACCGCAUAACGUCGUUUGAGAAUAUCCAACGCUAUCCAGAUUCCAAAUUCACCGACUUUCUGACGCCUUUGGCUGGAGGCGUAGGGGCUGUUGCUAAUGACCCCUAUUCAGAGUCCAGUGCGCGCAUGAGGGAAAUCGGGCAGUAUCUACAAAACACACCCCUACCAAUGCCCAGCCUCUUUGAGCUUGCCUUUAUUCUCGGCCAGUCCAAAGGGAUGAAGGUGGCGCCAGAGACACUCUCUGCGCGAGAUUACAUCAAGCAGCAAGUGCCGACUGCGCCUGAGCCGACCGUGGACAUUGUAGCCAUUCGGCAGACAAUAGGCAUUUCACGUCUCAUGUAUGGUCAGGUCAAGGAGGCCCAGCUGCCGCUGGACUACCCUGCCGACGACGACCAGAGCCGCCACCGACUUCAGCUGCUCCUCGCCAUGAGAAUGGGUGCACUGUACGAACAAGCCAAGGUGGAAUGGAGCAACGGACAGAUCGGGCAGUUGAUGACUCCCGCUGACUAUCGACGGGUUACGCACCCUGUGGUGCCCCCUUUCCCACCACACCCGGAUGAAGUUGGUUCCAUUGGUCUCAUGCUUGGGCUUUCCAAGGCUGUUGUCGAGGCUCGGAUUCAGCACUUCAGGGGAGAGGAGAUCAAGGCCAAGUUCAGGGCUCUCGAAACCAUGAUGCUGAGCAAAGACUUCUUGGCCGCCGCUCUCAGACCGGCCAGCAAGACCGCCCAGUCACUCAAGAUGCGCAAAAGAUCGGCCGUGGCACGGUCAGUAUCUAUCCAUCAGCGCCGCACCCAGACACAGUAG